AUGGAUUCGUCCGGCAACGCUUCCAUGAAUGGUUCGCAAUCUGCCAACAACCCGUCCUAUUCUUUUCUUGACGGCAUCCAAUCCUUCGCAGCCUCUGAUCCCCUGCAGAAUGGCGGCGAAGACUACAGCCAGUACUUCGACCCUGCUCUUUUCGAGAGCACGACCAUCGGACAUGGGUUUUCCCAACAGCCACAACAACCCAUGCCACCGAACUUCAACUCGAAUGUUGCCAAACAGUCGAAUAGCUCCGGCCUGCCUCAAUAUAACUCACCUCAGCCAAACUACGGCCUCAACCAAUAUCCUCCAGCCCUCUACGACUCCCGCCAGAUUCCCCAACAGAACUAUGACUCCAGAUUUUUUCCACGGCCUUCUGCCUCCCCUGUGGGCUUCGAUGGGGGAUAUCCCUACCAACAACAUAUGCCCUUUACUGGUCAGAACUACGGUGCUCAGCAUGUCAAUAUGCCACAGCGGCAGAGUCCGAGUCCCGCCCCGCCCUAUCCGGCGAGACAGCCACAAUCUUCGCCGUAUAUGAACGCCGGGCCGCGUCCAUCACAGCUAUCGCAAGUACAGGUAUGGACCAACCUAGCCAAGGGUUUGAAGCCUCCGCUGACGUGGGAACAGAGUUCUGAAAUGAUGCACUACCCGAACUUCCAAGAGCAAACCCACCAACCGUCCAACACAUACGUCGACCCUUCACUGUUGACUGCGAACCAGAUUAACAGCACCAAUAACACCAUCCCCCAGUUCCAAUCUCACCAGUCAUUUAUCGCUCCUUCUUACUUCAAACCCGGAUCAACUGUGGAUCCCCGGUCGCUCCAGCCUGUGCAACCGGCCUCAUCACAAAUACCGCAGACAGCACCUGCGAUUCAAAUAAAGCCUGAGAAGGUGUCGAAGCCAAGGACACCGAAAGAUCCUCAUGCUCCCAAGAAGCUGAAAAGUAUUACCAAAAAUGAUGGUACUGUAGGGUCUGUAUCCGAACCUGAGUCUGAGUCGGACUCCGAGUUGGUGAUCGAAGAUCAGGAGUCUCCUGAGAUCACUCCAGCCUUGCUUACCGUCUCCAAACCCACCGAUGACCGUGGCAGAGCUUUGUAUGAGGCGGUUCAGGCGGUGUGGUCCCCACGCAAUAAGCCAGCACCAGCCGAGAAAAUCCGAACUGCGAUUGCUGCCUUUGGCGAUACUGUGCGAAAUUUGCGAGACGCUUGGAAGGCCAAGAACGAUAGUCUGAGAAAGUCCGAGAUUCCUGGCUCACCAACAGCUUCACAGGCCGCACAGUUAAAGGAUGCAGUAUCCCGUUAUCGACAUGUGAUGGAAAGUGUCAUGGCCCGUUCAUUAUUGUAUGGGCACCCAGCGAUUGUCAAGAGACUAGGUGAUAACCCUAUUACAAUGUCCGCCUUGUACUCUUUCAUGCUGGACAGAUUCAAUGCCGGAGAUUAUGACAGUCCUCUAGUCGGCGCAAUCCUCAAGUUUGUGGUGGAAUUCAAGACUCUUGAUACCGAAAUGUUGGAAAUGACGAAGCUAUCAAAGAUUCUGCAGCGUUUGACCAAGAAGGCCACUACUGAUAUCAAGUCCAUGUCGCAAGCCAUUCUAGACAAUGCGGCCACUGCUUCGGCUGCGAAAGCCGCGAAAGGCACACAUAGUAAACCCGAGAAGCCGGCGUCCCCUGGUGCCGCGGAUGGAACACGCAAAGAUGCGGUCACAGGAAUGAAGCGGGCUAGGGAAGGAGACUUGGCUUCCCAGCCGGCCCCGAAGAAGAUUGUCAAAGUGAUUCCAGCAUCAUCAAAGCCUCUCGCUUUGCAAAAUGCUGAACGGAGGAAAGCUCUGGAUGCUGCACAGGCUUCCAAAGGAAGUGACAAGGCUGCCACUGCCGCCGCCCCUCCCAAUGCGGGAGCAAAGGCAAAGGUUGCGGUGACGGCACCUCCAAAGUCUGCGGUCUUCUCGUCGCUGAUGUCGGCCUCGAAGAGACCAGGGACCUCGAUCGCGGCGAGAGCCGCCGCUGCAGCCGCCAACAAAGAGAAGACCCCUAUGGACACAGUUCCUGCAAGUAACCCCACUCUGGCAAGAAAAGAAUCGCCAACACGAAAUGGCGGCCCUGUACCAGUCGCCAAAACAACCUCGUCCUUCCUGGGCCUGCUGGCGGAUAUGGAAAAGAAGCCUGAGAAGGAAGUGAAAAAGGAAACGGAAAACCCGAAUGAAACUGAGGAGGAAAAGACAAAGCGUCUGCGCAAAGAAGCACGCCGAAAACUGCGCGUGUCGUGGAAGGCGGAUGGAGAACUAGUCGAAACGCGCCUCUUCACCCAUGAUCCGGAGGAGGAAGUUGGUCAAGGUGACAGUCUAAGGCGGGAUGCUGGCGAUACUGGGCGCGAAGGUGAAGCGCUCAAGAUGCACAAAGACAUGGACGACUUGGAAGAAGACGAAGACGAAGAUUCUUUCGAUGACUUCGAGCCGUAUACCCCGCCCCCAGAGGUUGACUUCAGUGUCCUCAAAGAUGAAGCUGAUUCACUUACUAUCAAUUCAAUCAAGAAUGGCGGGGGGAUGAAACCCGAAAGUCCCAGCAGUGAAGCACAGAAUAAGCAUGAGCAGGACACCGUCAUGACGAUAUAUACUUCCAAAGCCGACCGACCUCCCACACCAAAGGAGCCUGACGACUCGAUGGAUGAUUUUGAGCCAGCCGAACCCGAGACGCCAUUUGGCGAGCCGACCGAAGUGACUCGUCAGCGCGAGGAAGAGUACAGGGCCCGCCUCGCUCGGAAUCAGCCAAGUCUGAAUCUGGUGCCUUCGAGAACAGAUUUGGCUGCCCAGAUCCAAGCCAUAUCCAUGGGACAGGCGCCUCCACAACAGUCUGGCAUAAUCUCGACGGAGCUCCAGCGCGCUCUGGGUAUGCUGGGUCAACCAGCUCAGGGGACACCUCCUCCACAGGCUGGGCCCACUCCGAAUCUCAAUCUGCAGGCGCUCCUGCAGACAGUACAACAGGUCACCCAGAAUCUGCAGGGCCAAAACCAGCAGCCUCAGUAUUCAACUCCCGCUCAAACGCCUGCGCCGACUACCAAUCUCAGCGCACUCUUGGCUUCGAUGCAGCAGACUUCGCAGGGACAGACUCCUGCACUUCCUCUCGGCCUCGGCGGUAGCGUCAACCCUUACCCUGGUUCCACGGACGAGUCUUCGCGCAAACACGGCCGCGCCGACUCGAACGACUACGACAACGACGGCAGCCGAAAGGGAGGAAACAAAAAGAAAAAGGCCGGCUGGGGUGGCGACCAAGCUAAACCAUACAACUACAAGACCCAACCAUGCUCGUUCUGGGAGCAGGGGAAAUGCAUCAAAGGCGACUCGUGCACCUACCGUCAUGGCGAUGAGGAAAUGUGA